AUGAAAAUUCAUAAGGAGCCACUGCAAAAUGAUGAUAGCUUUCCCUCAAAUGAAUAUUUUGAUAUGGAAGAAAACGAUGAAUUGGUUUUUGAUGCUUUAGCUUCAUUGCCACCUGAAGGAAGAAAUGAGGCCAUCAGCUUAUAUAAAAGCAAUGGCAAUGAAAAAAUAGAAUAUGCCUCAGAAAGUCAAAUAAAUAAUAAGCAUGCUAAUAGUCAAGCAGGUGUGUAUAAGGCCCAAAAUGAUAAUCGAUAG